CUAUCCCAUACCCUGCUGCCUCCAUAUAUCACCCUCAUAACAAUCACUGGCCAAGUGCCUCUCUUCAGCCCUCACAGCUACCACCAUGUUCUCUUUUUCACCGUUGGUAUCUUAUCUUCUCUCUCCUCUUCUUCUCCUACUUCUUCUAUCCAUUUUUGGAGUAGAAUUAGCCGCCGCCACCACCACCAAGAUUGGUAAUGGCUACCGUCUGAUCUCCAUUGAAGAGUCCCCUGAUGGAGGCCUUGUGGGCCACCUCCAAGUCAAGCAGAAGAACCAUAUCUAUGGUCCUGAUAUUCCUCAUUUGCAGCUCUAUGUCAAGCAUGAAACAGAAAAUCGUUUGAGGGUUCAUAUUACAGAUGCUGAGAAACAGAGAUGGGAAGUUCCGUACAAUCUUUUGCCUAGAGAACAGCCUCCAUCAUUGAAGCAAACCAUUGGUAGGUCAAGAAAGAACCCAAUAACUGCUUCAGAAUAUGCAGGUAGUGAGCUCAUAUUCAGCUACACCACCGACCCAUUUGGUUUUGCUGUCAAAAGAAGAUCCGACAGUCAGACCCUCUUCAAUUCGAGCUCUGAUCAAUCAGACCCAUAUGGUGAAAUGGUGUUUAAGGAUCAGUACCUCGAGAUUUCAACCACAUUGCCCUCAGAUGCUUCACUGUACGGUUUGGGAGAGAACACACAGCCCCAUGGGAUCAAACUAUAUCCAAAUGAUCCUUACACUCUGUACACAACUGAUGUAUCAGCCAUUAAUCUUAACACUGAUCUAUAUGGGUCACACCCUGUGUAUAUGGACCUCAGGAAUGUGGGAGGGGAGGCCUAUGCGCAUGCAGUUCUGUUGCUGAAUAGCAAUGGGAUGGAUGUGUUUUACAGAGGGAGUUCUUUGACAUACAAGGUGAUUGGGGGUGUUUUUGACUUUUACUUCUUUUCGGGUCCCACACCUCUGGCUGUUGUGGAUCAGUACACUGCCUUUAUAGGUCGGCCUGCUCCAAUGCCAUACUGGGCACUUGGUUUUCACCAAUGCAGAUGGGGCUACCACAACUUAUCUGUGGUUGAAGACGUCGUUGAGAACUAUAGAAAAGCCAAAAUCCCGCUUGAUGUUAUUUGGAAUGACGAUGAUCAUAUGGAUGGACACAAGGACUUUACCCUCAACCCAAAAAACUACCCUCGUCCAAAGCUAUUGGCAUUCCUGGAGAAAAUACAUUCUCAAGGCAUGAAAUACAUUGUCAUCAUAGAUCCUGGAAUUGGGGUUAAUUCUACCUAUGGUGUCUACCAAAGAGGCUUGGCGAAUGAUGCCUUCAUCAAAUACGAGGGUAAACCUUACCUAGCCCAAGUCUGGCCAGGAGCUGUGAACUUCCCCGACUUCCUUAACCCAAAAACUGUUGAAUGGUGGGGUGAUGAAAUCAGGCGAUUCCAUGAACUUGUCCCUGUUGAUGGCCUAUGGAUUGACAUGAAUGAAGCUUCAAAUUUCUGUUCUGGAUUGUGCACAAUCCCAGAGGGCAAGAUAUGUCCCAAUGGUACUGGACCUGGAUGGAUUUGCUGCUUGGACUGCAAGAACAUAACGAAAACGAGAUGGGAUGAUCCCCCUUACAAGAUAAAUGCUUCUGGACUAGAGGUGCCAGUAGGCUACAAAACCAUAGCCACUAGUGCAUAUCACUACAAUGGAGUCUUGGAAUAUGAUGCUCAUAGUCUUUAUGGUUUCUCCCAAUCCAUUGCAACUCACAAGGCUCUUCUAGGGCUUGAAGGCAAGCGCCCAUUUAUAUUAUCACGAUCCACUUUUGUCGGUUCAGGCCACUAUGCGGCCCACUGGACAGGGGAUAAUCAGGGAACUUGGGAGAAUUUGAAGUAUUCAAUUUCUACGAUGCUUAACUUUGGCUUAUUUGGUGUUCCAAUGGUUGGUUCAGAUAUUUGCGGAUUCUAUCCACAACCUACUGAGGAGCUUUGCAACCGGUGGAUUGAACUGGGAGCUUUCUACCCCUUCUCAAGGGAUCAUGCAAACUAUUAUUCCCCUAGACAGGAGCUUUAUCAGUGGGAAACAGUAGCCAAGUCUGCUAGAAAUGCUUUAGGUAUGAGGUAUAAGCUCCUUCCAUAUCUUUACACAUUGAACUAUGAGGCACAUAUCAAUGGUGCACCAAUUGCUAGACCACUUUUCUUCUCUUUUCCUAAUUUCACCAAAGGUUAUGGGUUGAGCACCCAGUUCUUGCUUGGGAGCAGCCUCAUGGUUUCCCCAGUGCUUGAGCAGGGAAAAUCUGAGGUGAAAGCUCUCUUCCCCCCGGGUACUUGGUACAGUUUAUUCGACAUGACACAGGCGAUUGUAUCAAAAGAAGGUCAUUACCUUUCACUUGAUGCGCCUUUGCAUGUGAUCAACGUUCAUUUGUACCAAAAUACCAUAAUCCCCAUGCAGCAGGGUGGAAUGAUAUCUAAGGAAGCAAGAAUGACACCUUUUAGCCUUAUCGUGACCUUCCCAAUGGGUGCAACCAAGGGAGAAGCCAAAGGAAAGCUUUUCCUUGAUGAUGAUGAGCUUCCAGAAAUGAAACUCGGAAAUGGAUACUCUACAUAUAUUGAGUUCUAUGCAACUGUUAGUCAGGGGAUGGUGAAGGUGUGGUCAGAAGUUCAGGAGGGCAAGUUUGCGCUAGAGAAAGGUUGGAUCAUUGAGAAGGUAACUGUCUUAGGAUUAAAAGGAAUUGGAGGGGCAUUUGCAAUGGAAGUGGAUGGAAAUCAAGUUGUGGAUACUUCCAAUGUGGAGUUUAGUGCCACAGAACACAAGUAUACAGAGAAGUUGGAAGAAGGCGGAGAUAAGAGGAAGAAUGUGAUGGUGGACAUUAAAGGGUUGGAAUUGCCUCUGGGCAAAAAGUUUGCAAUGUCCUGGAAAAUGGGUAUUAAAGGUUGAGGAUAAAAAGUUUCUCUACCUCAGUUAAAAACUUAUUGAGAUCUAUUUGUCUUUUUGGUCCUUUGAAUUGUGGAACCAUCUUCUCAGGGUGUUCUUGAUGGAGAAGAGGUGGCCUCAAUUGUGCUUAUCCUUUUCCACACAAACAGGCCAAGCAAGUUGAUCACAGAUCCUCCUUGCUUGUUUUGGAGUUUUUCCAUUGAUGUUGUAGUAGUUUAUGUCAGCCCCUAUGCUUUUCAGCUUUUUCUUUGUUUUGCUUAUUUAUAUCCAUCUUUAUUUGUGUUACAAGAAAAAAUAUUCAUUACAAUGGUGAGAGUGUCAUUAUUAUCAUGUGGUGUUACUAAUUAAUAAUAUACAAACAAAUAAGAAAGUGGAUCCCACAUACGGUAAUAACUAUCCGUCCAUAUAAAUAGAUAAUUAUUUACUCCUCUCCCAUGUAAGUUAAUAACUAUCAAAGUGGAGUUUAUUUUAUUUAUUUGGAGUUUUAUUAUUGCUUGAUAAUACUGCAUGUAUCACCACUGUAUUGAAUAUUCUCUCGUGUUACAGAAUGUGGCCUGUACUCUGAACUUUUCUUCCCAGCUACUGAAUCACAGUGCUACCUAAUGGUUGAGACAAUCUAUGAGGUGAACCUUUUGC